UUCAUUCAUGUGUAAUUUAUACGUCGAUCAUUUUCAGAUUGAAAAAUGUUCAUUUUCAAAGUUUAUUCCUUUAAUAGUUAAGAAAUAUUUUAAUAAUGUAUAUUCGUAAUAAAAUAAAGUGAAAUAUAAUACGGGUUGUACAUAAUCGUAUCUAUAAAGAAAUUGUAACGUGUGUAAAUUUUGUUAUUUAAAAUGGCAUUGUAUCGUGUUAAUAUGAAUGUAACACCCUUGAUUUAUAAUACUUAUUAUAAAUUCUGUAUUAAUAUGAGCAAAUUGGAUUUUCCAACUGGACAAUCAACAAUAAAAAAUAGACAAUUUCCAUUAAAAUAUAUGUCUACACAGAGGAAUGGUUCAUUGAAGAAAACCAUCUCAGAAAUGUCUCAUUUGCAAGAAUACAUAACAAUGAGAAAAUCUCAAGCAUUAAGAAGUAUAUUAGUUCAAAUUGAAUCAAUGAAAUCAUACAAAGAUCUUAUAUCUUAUUGUUAUCAAUUUGGCACAGUGGCAAAUGUAUAUUGUUAUACGUUACCAAAACAACAUCAAUUCGUACUACUUGAAUUUAAACAAUUAAAAAGUGUUCAGGAUAUCUACGAAAAUGCAACAUUUAUAGAUAAUUAUAUUCCUAGUAGAACAAAUGUUCUAUGGUUUCGUAAGGUAUCAAAGAACAAUGUGAAGCUACAGUAUAAAUGUUCUUUACCGAUGUCUAAACCUCUAUUAUUCAAAGAGGACAUUAUUAGAGAUUUAAUCGCAUCUUCAUCUUCGAUAUCAGACCAAAUGGUAACUUUAUAUAAUGGAUAUAAAUUAGACGAAUUAGAAAUAAGAUUAAAAUUUCAAACUAUUGUUCAAUUAGAACAUUCUUUUGCCAGUUUAUUUCCAAAUAUAAUUAUACAUCCCUUUGGAUCUUUUAUAAAUGGUUUUGGAAAAAGGCUGUCUGACCUUGAUUUGAUUCUUUUUAUAGAUGGUCUUAAAGUAGAAAAUUUAUCAAGUAGACUGGUAUUUCAUGGAAAAUCACCUAUAAUAAAUGAAAAAGACCACAUGUAUGUACUUAUGGGAUUAAUAGCAGAUACAAUGAAAUACAUUAUACCUGGUAUAUGUAACGUAAGAAAAAUUUUUAAUGCAAGAGUUCCCAUAAUCAAAUUUCACAACUUGUUCACAUACACAGAGUGUGACUUAAGUAUGAGUAAUAUCAUUGCCACAUAUAUGUCAGAGGUACUAUUUUUAUAUGGUGAAAUAGAUAGUCGAGUGAAACCACUUAUAUUUACAAUUCGAAAAUGGGCAAAAGAUAAUAAAUUAACGAAUAUCCAUCCAGGAAAAACAAUUACAAAUUUUUCAUUGACUCUAUUAGUAAUAUUUUAUUUACAAAAAAUGAAGGUAUUACCUGUCAUAAGUAAGAUGACAACCUAUUCAGAAAUAACAAAUGAAUAUAAAAAUAAUCUAAAGAAUGUAUAUAUGCAUUAUUCAUCAAAUGAUUCAAUAUCAUAUACGAGUAAUAAUGCAAAUUUAGAAAGUCUUUUAAUAGACUUUUUUCAAUUUUAUAUUGAUUUUAAUUUUAAAGCAAACCAAAUUUGUUUGCAAACAGGUAUUGCAAUUGAAUUGAUGCACGAUUCAGCAAUGUAUAUACGUAAUCCAUUUGAAGAAGAGUUAAAUGUUAGUAAAAAUGUUAGUUUUAAUGAAGUUCAACGGAUAAAAACAUUAAUGUCAAUAGCAAUUACCAAUCUUCGAAAUACUCAACAUUUAAAAUCAAAAAAAUGGGGUAUUCUAUCUAUAUUAAAUUUUCCUGAAGCACUAAGUAACAGUAUUAAUGUAUCAGAAAUACUUGAUAAAGAAGUGAAUAAGAUAGAAACUAAAGAUAAUCAAAUGCUCCAAAGUCCUGAAGAAAAAAAUGUUAGUAAUACAUUAAGUACAAACAUUACGGAUGUUACUACCAAUAAAAAUAUUGUAUCUCAAAAAUAAAAUAAAUCUAAAUAUUGUUAAUA